AUUUUCCCAAAAAAUGUUUGGCGUACACAGGUGUAGACAUUUUGUGGCAGAACUCCACAAUUUUAAUUUCCGAACGAGAUGUCAGCAGCGGCGGCUGGUCUUAUCCUACCAGUUCCAGGAUUUUGCUGCACCAGAUUACGAUGCACGGCCCAAAGUCCCGCCUUCAGAGUCGACUUUCCACCCCACAAAUCUGUGCACUGGGAUAGCAGAAAUUUCACCAUGAACGGCGCUGUUGCGGCCCGAAUCAAUGCACACAACGAGGAUCAGGGCGGUCUUGCGGCGCUCGAACAAGAACCUCUGAUCAAUGACUCCAUAGUCGUGGCAGCUUCUCGACUUGAAGCCACUCUGAAUAACACGAGUAAGUGGCUUUUUGCUGUGCUUUUUGGUUUAACCUUGGUCUCGAAACAUGAUGCACAAGCACUUUGGGCUUCUAUAGGUUCUGUUCUCAAUUCUCUUCUGUCAUACAUCCUGAAGAGAAUACUGAACCAGAGACGGCCUGUUUCCACCUCAAGAUCGGAUCCUGGAAUGCCGUCAUCACAUGCACAGUCAAUCUUCUAUAUCGUCACAUUUACUACCAUCUUGAUGAUUCAAAGUUUUGGACUGAGUGGACUCACAGCAGCACUCGGUGGGCUUAUCUUUGCACUUGGCUGUUACUUUGAUCUGGCAUCGGGGAGGAUGAUUGGCGGUGCUAGAGAGGAAGAUGGACUAUAUCUUUGAUGAAGGGACUGAAUUAAAUAAACAAGGUCAAGUCAUGGCUACGGAUUUCCCAAAAGCUUCAUACAACUAGCCAAGUAUUUGUGGGUGCUAUGGUAGGGUUUGGCUUCUCCAUUUUGUGGUUCUGGUUAUGGGAUGCAAUUAUGUUGAUGGCAUUUCAAUCUCUCGUUUGGUUCCGGGCUAUUGUUAUUCUUUCUGCUGCUGGGUUAUGCUCCGGCUUUCUCGUUUAUGUUAUUCGAUAUUGGAUCCUAGAUGAACAAAGGAAGAUUUCUGAAAUCAAAUACCCAGAUAGAAGCUAACAAUAUAUGUUGCAUACGUACGUACAUGGUGGAAACUGAAUUAACUUGAGAAGAACAAGUAAUAUUGUUUGAUCUCGCAAGAGGGAAAAUGGCUUUUGUCCACUUGUGUAUUUCUUUUCCUUCUUUUGUGCCUUUGUAGGCUUGUGAUAUAAGUCAUACUUCCUCCGUUCUUAAAUAAGUGCAACACUUUC